AUGGAUGAAAAGUUGCAUUACUGUAACUUGGCAAUCACCUUGCUGGCUGUUCUGGCAUUCUCUCAUAUUCAUUACAGAAUCUACAUUCUUGAAUCCGAAUGUAAAUCCCUCUCCGAUACAACCAGUUUCCGUUCCAAAAGAGAUGUUCCUGUUGUUUCCCGCGGGAAAAAUGCCUCUGACACCCUCUGGUUGACCUCUCUUUCAUCUGUUAAAAUAGGAGAACUUAUGCAUAAAUGCACAGAGAUUCAUGAGUACUGUAGUGAGCAGGAUGAUGUUCGUGGGAAGCCUGGACCAGUGGGACCCGUGGGUCCUCCUGGCAAACUUGGGCCACCUGGACCACAAGGAAGAAGAGGGUUGAUGGGAGUUCCCGGGCAUCCAGGACCAGUUGGACCACCUGGAAAUAUCGGAAAAGAUGCGGAUUGUUCAUCGUGUCCGGUUAGAGAUGAGUUGUUGAUGGAGAGAGAAUUCAAGUGUCCUACGAUUGAGAAUCUAGAAUGUCCUAAUAAAGACGCGAUCCCCACUACUCCUUGGCCAUCGAUCACUCAUCAACCAAUGUCUGGAUUGGUUCAACAGAUUCUGACAAACUACAGCGAAGUCGAGGGAUGUGUGAAAAUAUGUCUGAAGAACUAUACUCUAGACGAAGAAGUCGAGGAAACAAUCACAACUCCAGUCGCUUAUAUUCAAGGAGUCACUGCUCAUUGUCGUCUACAAAAUGUUGGGAAGCCAGUAUUUCAUUCUCACUCCACAACGUAUUACGGUAGUUGGAUGAGAGAUGCGUAUCCGCCAACUGGAGAUGACGCCCGUAAACGCUACGUAAUGAAUCAUUUCCAAGGACAUGAGCUGAUUGAAUUCCGAAAUGAAGCAGAAAUGAGACGAGAGCAUGUUGGAAAAGUCCAUAGACUCCCGUAUAUAUUCGAUGGAACCAAUCAUGUGAUUUUCAAUGCAUCUUUAUUCUAUCAAAGAGCUGGAUAUCCGAUUAUUGCAAAAUAUGAAUUCAAUUCGAAGCAAUAUUCUCAAUUUGAAAUUCCUGGUGCAGCGUAUCGUGGGGAUCAGUACCUUUACAACAAUUCUAUGAAUUAUUUCGACUUGGCAAUCGAUGAAAAUGCACUUUGGGUCAUGUUCCAUUACAAAGAAGAACAUUUCUUGUCUGUGGCGAAAGUGGAUAUAAAUAAUUUGACAAUUUAUGAAACUUUCAAUCUGACAAUGGUCAAUCAUACAGAUGUGGCGAAUGGAAUUGUUGUUUGUGGAACUAUUUAUUUGGUUGAAAGCGCCGCCGAGCAAUCUACAUACAUCUCGAGUGCCUACGAUUUCUACCGUAACACAUACUCUCAACCGCUGAUAAAAUGGAUCAAUUUGUAUAAAAACGCGAAUAUGAUAAGCUACAAUGCGUAUGAUAAGAGAAUUUAUAUCUAUGAUCAUGGAUAUAUGCUGUCGGUUCCCCCGCUUUUACAUUGGUUGGCUAAAUGA